UAUGUUUGUUAUUAAAUAAAAUUUUGUGUUCCAUAAUGACUGUGUGGUGUUCAGUUGAUAGUAAAAGCCGUUACGGGAUUGCAAUUCAUAAUUAUUUCACUGAUGAUGGACCACAUCGUUUACAAUUAACUGUUGGAGAAACUGUUAGUAUUUUAAAAGAAAAUGGAGAUUGGUAUUAUGGUUAUACAUCGAAAAACCUUAAGGAAAAAGGUAUUUUCCCAAAAUCAUAUAUUCAUUUAAUUGAAUGUACAGUGGAAAAAGUUGGUAAUAUUGAAAUUAUACAAAUCAAACAACAACAAAUUGUACAAGAAAUUACAGCAGUAUUACGUGAAUGGGGUUCACAUUGGAAACAUUUAUAUCUUACAAAUAGCAUCCAUUUUGAACAAAUUCAAAAACAAAUAUACGAAUUGAUUAGUCAUAGAAGUAAAAUAUUAUCGGGUACAUUACCAGUGGACGAAUUGAAGGAAAUUAAACAGCUAGUCACAUCUAGAAUAGAUACCGGCAAUAAAUUAUUAAGUUUAGAUAUGGUCGUUAGGGAUGAUCAGGGAAAUAUAUUGAAUCCAAAUGAAACUAGCACUAUACAAUUAUAUUAUCAACAUAAAGUUGCCACCGAACGAAUACGAAAAGCAACCUCUGGCCCUAAGAAAAAACUUACAAAAUCUGUGAUAUAUUUUUCGCAUAUAUUUUUUGUUUCUGUACGUAAUUUUGUUUGUAAAAUGACUGAAGACGCUGAACUUUUAAUGACUUUGUAUGAUGCAAAGGAAAAUCGUGCAAUUACAGAAAAUUAUGUGGUAAAAUGGUCGAAAGAAGGACUUGCUAGUGAUAUCAAUCAAUUACACAAUUUGCGUGUGCUUUUUACAGACUUAGGAAGCCGUGAUUUACUUCGUGAUAAAGUUUAUUUAGUAUGUUAUGUUGUACGAGUUGGGGGAAUGGAAGCCAAAGAGAUUGACCAUAGACGUAGUUCUGUCGCAAAUGCUGUAACGGGAAGUAGUAAAAAAGGUCAUACAGAUGGUAUGCGGCGUCCUUUUGGUGUUGCUGCUUUCGAUGUGACCUUGUACUUAUGUGGUAAAUUGGAAAGUGAUGAUGAAAAACAUCAUUCAGUGCCUUUUUUACAAUGUUGUGAUAAAGAUAAUUUAGACGGUACACUUAAGAAAAUUUUAAAUAACAAAGAGUUAAAUAGUAAGGGUCAAAGUUUAUGGGUUAGUGUAAAAUUAUUACAUGGUGAUAUUAAACAAGUUCGAGAAGAAAAUCCACAUUUAGUACUUGGUAAUGUUGCAAUUGCACGAAAAAUGGGUUUUCCCGAAGUAAUACUACCAGGAGAUGUAAGGAAUGAUUUGUACUUGACAUUAAUAUCUGGUGAAUUUUCCAAGGGUAGUAAAAGUACUGAUAAAAAUGUUGAAGUAACGGUUAAAGUCUGCAACGAAAAAGGUCAAAGUAUACCUGGUGUAAUAACAAUGGGUGGUGGAACAGCUCCGCUCAAUGAAUAUCAUUCGGUGAUUUAUUACCAUGAAGAUAGACCAAAGUGGUAUGAAAUAUUUAAAGUUGCUGUACCAAUUGAUGAAUUUAAAGCCAGCCAUUUAAAAUUUACAUACAAACAUCGUUCAUCGAAUGAAGCGAAAGAUAAAAGUGAAAAACCAUUUGCUAUGUCUUAUGUACGUUUAAUGCAAGAAAAUGGUACCACCUUACAUGACACCAUGCAUGAAUUAUUAGUUUAUAAAAUUGAUAACAAGAAAUUUGAUGAAACUGACUUGGAAUAUCUAAAAUUACCAUCGAAGCGAUCCGAAUUAACUAAUGAAAAUCCAAAACCAUCAUGUUUGGGAUUAAGUUUAAGUGCAAAGGAUAAUUUUGUUAUUUCGACUAAUGUUUGUUCUACUAAACUUACACAAAAUGUGGAUCUAUUAGGUUUGCUAAAUUGGACAUCGCAUGAACAUACUCUAAAAGAAUCAUUAACAAAACUAAUGCAUGUGGACGGUGAAGAAGUUGUAAAAUUUUUACAGGAUGUGCUAGAUGCUCUCUUUAAUAUUUUAAUGCAAAAUAAUGAUUCUGAAUUAUUUGAUAAUAUGGUCUUCCAAAGUUUGUUAUUCAUUAUUGGAUUAGUGAGCGAUCGAAAAUAUCAACAUUUUCAGCCUGUAUUGGAUCUUUAUAUUCAAGAAAGUUUUAGUGCAACGUUAGCUUAUGAUAAAUUGAUAGCUGUUCUAAAAUAUUACGUGGAUACAGCAGCAAAUUCAACAGAUUCGUCAGAUACGUUACUUUUAAAAGCAAUGAAAUCAUUACAAUAUAUUAUACGAUUUAUUGUACGUUCAAAAAUCUUAUUCAAUGAAUUGUAUGGAUUGAAGGAGAAAGAUUCAUUUGAAACAAAUUUUAUACAACUGUUACAAAGCUUAACAAAUUUAAUGUCAUAUGCAACAGAUUCUACGUUGCUGGUACAAGGAGCAUGUUUAAAAUUUUUACCAUCCACUAUAUCUGAUAUUAUUCUUGUUUUUGAUCCCAUCAAACUUAGUGUAAUUUUAACUGAUUUAUUAAAGAAAGUGCCUUCAAAUCGCCUUGUGAAACAAAAAAUGAUGACGGUUAACGAUAUAAUUCAUAGUAAAUUAUUUUUAUAUCCUGAAUGCCGUGCAGUUUUUCUUCCAGUGAUAUGUACUCAGGUUAAAGAACUUUUAGAAUCAAAUGAAGAGGGGUAUCGAGGUGGUGAAAUACGCAGCAAAUCACGAUCGGUGGCCAAAGUGGCACGACUACUUGGUGCAAGUAAACAUCGGCUCAACAAAGAUCGUGGCUAUUGUGAAGAGGUUGAAUUGUGUGUUAAAAUUUUGAGUGAUAUUAUGGAAUUAUUAUUUCGUACGGAUGUGGGAUCAACAAUGCAUGAUAUUAAAGAAAUAAUGUUACGAAUUUUACGUACCGUUAUACAAACGUUAAUUACAAUGGAUCGUGAAAAUGAUUUAGUGGGAAAUUUAGUUGCUGUUAUGAUAUCAAUAUUUCGUCAAAUGACUGCCCAUCAUUUUGAAGUAUAUGUAAACCAUUUUGCAACUAGGACCGACUUACUGGAUUUUAUUAUGGAAAUAUUUAUGGUGUUUAAAGAUUUAGUUUCAUCCAAAACCGUGUAUCCAAGUGAUUGGUCUGAAAUGAUACUAUUACAAAAUUAUGUCAUUUUAAAAUCGUUACGAUUUUUCUCACAUACUACACGUGAUCAUUUCUCGGAUCAUUUUGAUAAUCAAGUAUGGAAUAAUUUUUUUCAUUGUGCAAUUGCAUUUUUAACUCAGCCUGCGUUACAAUUAGAAACUUUCUCUCAAAAUAAACGGCGUAAAAUUAUUGCGAAGUAUAAUGAUAUGCGUCGAGAAGCUGGUUUCGAAAUUCGUGCAAUGUGGUUUAAUUUAGGUCAAUACAAACGACAAUUUGUUCCAAGUUUAAUUGGACCAUUUUUAGAAAUGACAUUAAUUCCUGAAACAGAAUUACGUAAAGCAACAAUUCCAAUAUUUUUCGAUAUGAUGCAGUGCGAAUACUAUUCAUCUAAAUAUUUAGUAGAGAAGUUUGGUGAUACAAAAUCAGAUGCUAGUCAAAUAAAACGCAAUUUUAAUGAUUUUGAGAAUGAAAUGAUUGCAAAACUGGAUAUUUUAGUUGAGGGUGGACGAGGAGAUGAUGAUUAUAAAAAAUUAUUUUAUGAAAUUAUGUUAAAUUUAUGUGAAAAUCACAGCUCGUUGAAAGAACCAGGUGUGAAAUUUGUAAAAACUGUGACACGAUUAAUGGAACGGUUAUUAGAAUAUAGGUGUAUUAUUAACGACGAAAAUAAAGAAAAUCGAAUGAGUUGUACUGUAAAUUUGUUGGACUUCUAUUCGGAAAUAAAUCGACAAGAAAUGUAUAUUCGUUACGUUUAUAAACUUUGCGAUUUACAUUUAGAAUGUGAUAAUUACACGGAGGCUGCGUACACAUUACAAUUGCAUAGUAAAUUAUUGAAUUGGUCCGAUCAAAUUUUAUCACCGUUGCUAAAAAGUCAUAAAUAUUCGGUGUGUCAAACGCAUCGUGAAUUAAAGGAAACUUUGUAUUACAGUAUUAUUGAUUAUUUUGAUAAAGGCAAGAUGUGGGAAAAUGCAUUAUCUGUUUGUAAAGAAUUAAUGAGUCAAUAUGAGAAUGAAACGUAUGAUUACUUAAAUUUAAGUGAAUUAUUAAAACGUAUGUCACAAUUUUAUGAUUCAAUUAUGAAGCAAUGUCGUGCUGAUCCAGAAUAUUUUCGUGUUGGCUAUUUCGGACGUGGUUUUCCAACAAUUUUACAAAAUAAAGUAUUUAUUUAUCGUGGUAAAGAGUAUGAACGUUUAAGUGAUUUUAGUAGUCGAUUAUUGAAUCAUUUACCAAAUGCUGAGCUUAUGAAUAAGUUGACACCACCUGGGGAGGAUAUUUUAGAAUCACCGAACCAAUAUUUACAAAUAAACAAAGUUGAACCGGUAUUCGAUGAUCGUAAACAAAGAUUUUCUGGUAAACCAGUGAACGAUCAAAUCUUAAGAUAUUAUCGAGUAAAUGACGUACAAAAAUUUAAAUUUUCUCGCCCAUUUCAACGUAAGGAUCCACAUAUGAAUGGAGAACAAAAUGAAUUUGCCAGUUUAUGGUUAGAACGUACGGUUUUAAUCACAACAUAUCCAUUACCAGGCAUCUUACGAUGGUUUCCUGUCACGUCCAGUGAAACUUUCCAUGUGUCUCCGUUACGAAAUGCAAUUGAAACAAUGGAAAUGACAAAUAAAGAAUUAAAAGAUUUAAUUAUUUCCCAUAAAAGUGAUCCAAAUUUACCAUUAAAUUCGCUAAGUCUAAAAAUUACUGGUAUUGUGGAUGCAGCCGUUAUGGGAGGCAUUGCAAAUUAUGAAAAAGCAUUUUUCACACCGGAAUAUGAGGAAUAUAAUCAAGAUGAUAUGGUUUUAAUACAAAAAUUAAAGGAUUUAAUCGCUUGUCAAAUACCUUUAUUGGAAAUAGCACUCCAAUUGCAUAAGCAAAGAGCACCGCAUAGUUUGUUACCGCUACAACAUCGCCUGGAGAAAUGUUUUAGUGAAAUGCGUACUAACGUUGAAGAAAAAUAUGGGAAAAGGAUUUGUGACAUAAAAUUCGAUAAUCCUGUAACCAUGCGACGGCAAUUUACUCAAAGUUCAAUAGAUAAUCGUCUAUCAGAUUUAUCCUUCAAUAUGGAUGUUUCUGCUACAAAUGGAUCCCGUGUAUCGAGUUUAACGAAGUCACAAGUGAAUACAUUGAAGUCGUUAGCCACAUUCAAUUUUACAACAAAUUCUGCUUCUAAUGCCAGCAGGGCAAAUUCAAAUCAAAAUAAUAAAAAUUUACUAUUAAAUUCUACAAAUUCGAAAUUAUCAUUAACAUCAUCAUCCUCGUCGGCCACAAUCAAAACAAAAUCAAAAACACCAUCAAAAGAGAAACGUCGUAAUUCAAAAAGGAUCGAUCGUGAAUCAAUUAUAUCGUUACCGUUAACAAGUUCUACACAAUGGUACACAAGUACACCAGAAAAUGAACCUAUUUCAAUAAAUUCAUCAAAUUCUAAUGUUUCACAAUCACCGUCGCCAGCACCAUUUACACCAGUUUUUGAACUACGUGAAGAGCUAACGCCUCAUCGCCCAUUAAGAUCCGAGGUAGAAAAAGAAAAACGAUUAAGUCGUCCAACCAGUGGGCAGUUUUCAAAUUCACGACCAUCUAGUUCAAUUAUGAUACGUGUUGGAGGUCCUGGAUCUGAAAAUAGUAGUAAUCGUGAUUCAAUUGGUACUACAGAUUCUACAACAAGUGAAGACGAUCUUAUACCACCACCACUUCCAAUUAAAUCGCGUGAUCCUGAUUAUUGCAAUAUACCAGAAAAUAUUACAAGUUCGCCAGUGAAUGAACCACGACAAAGUAUUGUAACUACACCCCGUUUAUUACGUAAACCACCCUUACCAGAACCUACAGAUGAAGUACAAAAGACUCCUCCACAACCACCUCCAAAACCUCCUAAAAAACCGAUAGUUACUACUUAAGAACAAAUUUUUCGUGUAUAUUUUGUAAAAAUAUUUU